AUGAAACGUCACAUCUUGUACGUGUAUUUCUUCAUUCCCAUACUACUCGGAUAUUCUAUAGAUCCAACUACUUGCAACUCUCCUCGAACUACUUAUCUAAAUAAUAUGUCGAUCACAUCUAUUCACGAUCUUGACCUGAUAUCAAAACUCAUCGUAGAAAAAAUGAGAAUACUGUCUCAACAUCCACGUAUCAUGAAUCUUGGUGUUAUUUGGGAUGGUCUGAUAACUGAGAACGGAUUACAAGUGAAGAGAGGAACUCUAUACAACCGACUCCGAGAAAAAAUUGAACCAGCUCUACUUGACAUAACAGAUCUGACGGAAGAAGAGAAGAUAAAAAUUCUCUUCUGCGCCUCGAGUCGUCUUGAUGAUAGACUCAAGUCGAUUACCCCAAACGCCGAAUUUGAUUCGGAAAAUCGAAUCAUCAAAACAAAAAUUGGGAACGAGUGGAUAGAAGGGGAUCACACGGGAAAGUUAAAGAACAGAUUCCAAAGAGCAAAAGAGGCGGAGGCGGAGGAAAUAGAGAGGGUGCGGAGACGGGAGGCAAUAGCCAUAAGAACGGCUCCGUACCCUGAUCGAUCGAAACGACGUCGACUAACUUGA